UGUGGAUCCCAGUGGGUUCCCAUCCCUGACCCCGCUGUUUCUGGCUCCUUCCUGCCCCACAGAUCUUAUGAGGGGUCUCUGUACAAGAAAGGCGCCUUCAUGAAACCCUGGAAGUCUCGGUGGUUUGUGCUGGAUAAAACCAAACAUCAGCUGCGGUACUACGACAGCCGGAUGGACACGGAGUGCAAGGGGGUCAUUGACCUGGCCGAGGUGGAGUCCAUCACCCCGGGGACCCCCACCAUGGGAGCCCCCAAGACGGUGGACGAGAAGGCUUUCUUCGACCUGAAGACGACGAAACGAGUUUACAAUUUCUGCGCCCAGGACGUGCAGCUGGCCCAGCAAUGGAUCGAUCGCAUCCAGAGCUGCCUGUCGGACGCGUGAGCCCGGCUCAGCGGAGCCGCAAUUCCAGGCGCGGCUGCCGGGCCCGCAGCGGGAGCAGAGGCAGCGCCGGGCUCGAGGCCGAGCCCGGGACUGAGGGAGAGGAGGAGCGGCCCUUCCUCGCCCCCCGCGGGCAGCACGGGCGUGUCCGGGGUGGGUGGCACAGGGAGGGAUCCCUCGCGUUGGAGCGGGCGGGGGGCCCGGCCCGCCCCCGGCCCCGUCUGAGCCGUGUCGUGACCCCGAGUCCUCCGUGGGCUCCAGCCCCGCUCCGGGGCCGGGGUCCCCCCACACCCCCACCCCGCACUGCUGGGAGAGGCAGAGCUGCCCCCUCGUCCUGUCCUGCCCCCCUCGUGUCUCUGCCCGAGCCCCCCGGAACCUGCCCGGCCCCUCCCGGCCUGGGAGCGAGUCCUGGGCUCCCCUCCCGUCCUGCCGGAGCCGGGACCUGCAGGGAUGGCACAGGGGACAGAGCCCCGGAGCCCAGGGGAUGGCACAGGGGACAGGGGACAGAGCCCCGGAGCCCAGGGGAUGGCAGA